CGUCAGCGUGAGCAGCUGGUAGCCUCGUGCCCACCGCCUCGUGCCCGCCUGGGACUCAGCUGCUCGCGGAGCUGAUUGUGUGUAAAGAUUCCCUCAAGGAAGGAAGAAACAAAAGGCAGCAAAGUGGCAGGAUGCUGAGCACUGAAGGCACAUAGGCACAACCAGGGCUGCGGAGAGAAAGGCAGAAGAAAACCUGUGAAAAUGCAGUGCUUCAUAAUUAGGGGUCCUUGGGCUGCAGUAAACCCCUGAUGGGAUAAACCUGUGGGGCGUGGGACAAACCUGGAUGGACACAAGGCCACCGUCUCCUCCAGAAAACUCAGGGCAAAGCACUCGUAAACACUUGGGCUUUGGCUGGCUGUGCUCUGGUUGAGGCUGGGGGAGGGAAAAUCACUGCCAUUGAACUGAAUGAACACGACUCCUGAAUUUCCUUACUCUGCUUCUCCUCCUGCCCCCAUCUCUGGAACACCAGAGCAUGCAGCAUGCAGGAGGCUCUCAGCUCUGACCGAAGGUUAUGUUGGCUCUCUGCAUGAAAACAGACAUGGUAGUUCUGUGCAGAUACGGAGGCGAAAGGCUUCGGGGGAUCCUUACUGGGCAUACUCGGGUACCUAUGGUCCCGAGCACUGGGUUACUUCCAGCGAGAAGUGCGGGGGGUCCCACCAGUCUCCCAUAGACAUCGUGGACCAUCAGGCUCAUGUUGGAGAUGAGUAUCAGGAACUGCAGCUCGAUGGUUUUGACAAUGAAUCUUCUAACAAGACUUGGAUGAAAAACACGGGGAAAACGGUUGCUAUCCUGCUGAAGGACGAUUACUUUGUCAGCGGCGCCGGGUUGCCAGGCAGAUUCAAGGCAGAGAAGGUUGAGUUCCACUGGGGUCAGAGCAAUGGAUCAGCAGGCUCUGAGCACAGCAUCAAUGGCAAGAGGUUCCCCGUUGAGAUGCAGAUUUAUUUCUACAAUCCCGAUGACUUUGACAGUUUUGGAACAGCAGUUCUAGAAAACAGGGAAGUAGGAGCCAUGGCCGUGUUUUUUCAAGUCAGUCAGAGGGACAAUUCUGCACUGGAUCCCAUUAUCCAUGGGUUGAAGGGCGUCGUACAUCAUGAGAAAGAGACCUUCCUGGAUCCCUUUGUGCUCAGGGACCUGCUGCCAACAUCGCUGGGGAGUUACUACCGCUAUACAGGUUCCCUGACCACUCCUCCCUGCAGUGAGAUCGUGGAGUGGAUCGUUUUCCGGAAGCCCGUUCCCAUUUCCUACCAUCAGCUGGAAGCUUUCUAUUCCAUAUUCACCACUGAGCAACAAGACCACGUCAAGUCUGUGGAGUACCUGAGGAAUAACUUCCGACCACAGCAAAGCCUGAACAACAGGAAGGUGUCUAAGUCUGCUGUGAAGGAUGCAUGGAGCCAAGAUAUGAUAGACAUCUUGGAAAAUCCACUGGGCACAGAAGCUUCCAAAGCUUGCAGCACUCCCCCAGUCAACAUGAAAGUGCAGCCUGUGAACAGGACAGCAUUGCUGGUAACCUGGAACCAACCAGAAAACAUCUACCACCCUCCAAUCAUGAACUACAUGAUCUCCUACAGUUGGACUAAAAAUGAAGAUGAAAAGGAGAAGACUUUCACCAAGGACAGUGACAAGGACCUGAAGGCCAUCAUUAGCCAUGUCUCACCUGACAUCCUUUAUCUGUUCAGAGUUCAAGCAGUUUGCCGAAAUGAAAUGCGUAGUGACUUUAGCCAGACUAUGCUCUUUCAAGCUAACACUACUCGAAUUUUCGAGGGGACCAGAAUUGUGAAAACAGGAGUGCCCACAGCCUCUCCUGCCUCCUCAGCCGACAUGGCUCCCAUCAGUUCCGGCUCCUCCACUUGGACCUCCUCGGGGCUCCCCUUCUCCUUUGUGUCCAUGGCCACAGGGAUGGGGCCUUCCUCCAGUGGCAGCCAGGCCACCGUGGCCUCAGUGGUGACCAGCACCUUGCUGGCGGGGCUGGGCUUCAGCGGCAGCGGCAUCUCCUCCUUCCCCAGCAGCGUGUGGCCCACCCGGCUGCCCACGGCAGCCGCCCCCAGCAAGCAGGCUGGGCGGCCUGUGGUGGCCACCACUGAGCCUGCUGCUGCCUCCCCAGGGCCAGAGCGGGACUCGGCACUGACAAAGGAUGGCGAGGGAGCCGAGGAAGGGGAGAAGGAUGAAAAGAGUGAAAGUGAGGAUGGAGAAAGAGAGCGUGAGGAAGAAGAUGAAAAGGAGGCUGAAAAGAAGGAGAAAAGCAGGGCAACAGCUGCGGCGGAAGCACGCAAUAGCACAGAGCCCAGCGUGGCUACGGGUUCACCCAAUUGGACUGCUGAGGAGGAAGGAAAUAAAACCAUAUCAGAUGAAGAGCCAAACCAAAAUGUUGCUCCCAAGGCUGGACAUCCUGAGGAGGAGAGUUUUACUGAAGUAGACACUCAGCCCCAGCCUCUCCCUUCCACCCAAGUGCCGCUGGCGUUCACCGAUGAACUUUAUCUGGGAAAGAUCCCGAGAAGACCAGAGACAACAAGAAAACCUCUCCCAAAGGACGACAGGUUUCCAGAGGAACAUCCCUCAGAUAACAAAUUCAUCACCAUUAAUCCAGCUGACAAGAACAGUUCCAGCAUGGCCACGAGACCUUCUCCUGGUAAAAUGGAAUGGAUCAUCCCGCUUAUUGUGGUCUCAGCACUGACUUUUGUGUGCCUCAUUCUUCUCAUUGCUGUGCUUGUCUACUGGAGAAAGUGUUUUCAGACUGCCCAUUUCUAUGUGGAAGACAGCAGCUCACCCCGUGUGGUCCCCAAUGAAAGUAUUCCCAUCAUACCUAUUCCAGAUGAUAUGGAAGCAAUUCCAGUCAAGCAGUUCGUUAAACACAUCAGCGAGCUGUAUUCUAAUAACCAGCAUGGGUUCUCAGAAGACUUUGAGGAAGUGCAGCGCUGUACGGCCGACAUGAACAUCACUGCAGAGCACUCCAACCACCCUGACAACAAGCACAAGAACAGAUACAUCAACAUCCUAGCGUAUGAUCACAGUAGGGUGAAGCUGAGGCCUUUACCAGGAAAAGAUUCUAAGCACAGUGACUACAUUAAUGCUAAUUACGUUGAUGGUUACAACAAAGCAAAAGCCUACAUUGCUACCCAGGGACCUUUAAAGUCUACCUUUGAAGAUUUCUGGAGGAUGAUUUGGGAACAAAAUACUGGAAUCAUUGUCAUGAUCACAAACCUUGUUGAAAAAGGAAGAAGAAAAUGCGAUCAGUACUGGCCGUCAGAGAAUAGCGAGGAGUAUGGCAACAUAAUAGUCACGCUGAAGAGCACAAACAUUCAUGCCUGCUACACUGUGCGCCGCUUCACGGUCAGGAACACAAAGAUGAAAAAGGGUCAGAAAGGAAACCCAAAAGGGCGCCAGAACGAGAGAACGGUUAUUCAGUAUCACUACACUCAGUGGCCUGACAUGGGUGUGCCAGAGUAUGCCCUUCCUGUGCUGACCUUCGUUAGGAGAUCAUCUGCAGCCAGAACCCCGGACAUGGGACCAGUGGUUGUGCACUGCAGUGCUGGUGUUGGCAGAACUGGAACCUACAUUGUGAUUGACAGUAUGCUGCAACAGAUAAAAGACAAAAGCACAGUUAAUGUCCUGGGUUUCCUGAAACAUAUCAGGACACAGCGCAACUACCUCGUCCAGACAGAGGAGCAGUACAUUUUUAUUCAUGAUGCCUUGUUGGAAGCCAUCCUUGGGAAGGAGACUGAAGUAUCUGCAAACCAGCUGCAUAGUUAUGUUAACAGCAUCCUCAUACCUGGCAUAGGAGGGAAGACACGAUUAGAAAAACAAUUCAAGCUGGUUACACAGUGUAAUGCAAAAUAUGUGGAAUGCUUCAGUGCUCAGAAAGACUGCAACAAAGAGAAGAACAGGAACUCAUCAGUCGUGCCAUCUGAGCGUGCUAGAGUGGGCUUGGCACCACUGCCUGGAAUGAAGGGAACUGAUUACAUUAAUGCCUCUUAUAUCAUGGGCUACUACAGGAGUAACGAGUUCAUCAUAACCCAACAUCCGCUGCCACAUACAACUAAAGAUUUCUGGAGAAUGAUCUGGGAUCACAAUGCACAGAUCAUCGUCAUGCUGCCAGACAACCAGAGCCUGGCAGAAGAUGAGUUUGUGUACUGGCCAAGUCGUGAGGAAUCUAUGAACUGUGAGGCCUUUACUGUGACCCUUAUCAGCAAAGACAGACUGUGCCUCUCUAACGAAGAGCAAAUUAUCAUCCAUGACUUUAUCCUUGAAGCUACCCAGGAUGAUUACGUUCUGGAAGUCCGCCACUUUCAGUGUCCUAAAUGGCCAAACCCAGAUGCUCCCAUAAGCAGUACCUUUGAACUUAUCAAUGUAAUUAAGGAAGAGGCCUUAACGAGGGAUGGCCCCACCAUAGUUCAUGAUGAGUAUGGAGCUGUGUCAGCGGGAACGCUAUGUGCCCUUACCACUCUGUCCCAGCAGCUGGAGAAUGAAAAUGCUGUUGAUGUUUUCCAGGUGGCAAAGAUGAUAAAUCUUAUGCGGCCCGGAGUAUUUACAGACAUCGAGCAGUACCAGUUUCUUUAUAAGGCAAUGCUGAGCUUGGUCAGCACUAAGGAGAAUGGAAAUGGUCCCAUGACACUGGACAAAAACGGUGCUGUGAUGGCCAGCGAUGAAUCGGAUCCCGCAGAAAGCAUGGAGUCUCUUGUCUAAUUGGAAACCUGAAAAGGCACUUAAUUUGUAGAACUUCUGAAGACUGAGCGAACUUUUUUGAGGCCUUUUUUGCCAGACUCUAGGUUAUACAAUAACCCAAUUACUUUUUUACACUGAUAAAAGUUUUGAUAUUUAUUUUUUGCCAUUUUAUGUCUUAAUGGUAUCCUACUGAGCAUUUGCACCUCUGUUUAUUUCACACAGUGAAACGCAAUUUUAUCUAGUUUGCACUAUAUGAUCAGUGUUACUGCCUAUAAUCUUCUAAUACAAAACAAGCCCUGAUGUGACAUUCCAUGACAACAAACAUGCUUUUUCUGUUUUGUUUAAAUGCAGUGAAGUUUUGCUAAACUACAGUGACCCUUGAAUUUUCAAUCUUGAAUGCUAGGCGAGAUGGAUUCUUUCUACAACAGAUACUGUACCCCUUCAUUCCAUAUUUAUUAUUUUAAUUAUCAUGUCACAACUUUGCUAACGGUAUUCUGCAUUCCAGUGGAGUGGAUGAGCAGCGUUCAUCCUUCUUGACAAAAUGUGGCAGGUGAUUAUUAGCUACAGUGAAGGUGUAAUGGCCUUGUGGAGCAGAAACAAUUAUUUCUGUAUUGUUUCACGUUACUGUUUUGUACGCUCACAGACCUAAGACUUGCUUCACAUGGAAUAGAAAAUCACCUACAAUAUAAUUAUGAAUUAGAUGCAAUUCAUGUGUGGGACGCAGUGACAGGUUUUGAUUUUACAAUCUCAAAGUUUCUCCAUUUAUGCAGAAAAAUGUCAGUUUUUGCUUUUAGCCAGCCCUGCGAUGGGAAAAUAUUUUGGUUUGAUUUUCAUCAAAGCCGAUGCAGUAAGAAAUCUCCUACAGCCCCAGGUCAGACCUGUUUUCAGAUAUAUUGAAGGUAGCAAUAUUUUACAUUACUAAGCUAUUCAAUAUUUUAAACACAUUAAUUUCCUUACUAUUUCUUGAAUAUGACCUCACACCUAAUGGUAUGUUACAUGAUGACAGGCGUUUCUUAAUUUCAUAACUGUUAGAUGCCAUUUUUACAGGUGUGUAAUUUUCAUACUUUAGUGCUAAAACAUAAAGUACUGAUCCAUAUUUACUGGUGAAGCAAACUAAUAAAAAAAACUACCUAUAAA